GUGUAAAUUAUCAUACACAUUUACUUAUAUAUAAUAAUCAUGAUUUUGAUAAUUUAUUUCAAGAUAUUUACAAAUAUGCAAGCACAAUUAUUACAGAAAUUAAAGAACAUUUUCCUGAUCGUCCUUUACUUGCAGCAAUGAGAAUUUUGAAUCCAGUAGAAUGGCCAC